GCACCAUUAAUUGUAUAAACCAAAACAUAGUUCAGUGGUUGUGUCGCGGUAAAAUUGAAAGUUGACGCUUGUCAAAUUGUCAACGGUUGCUUGUUUAUCGUAAUUAGUGGAAGCGGUGCUUCGAAUGGGUUCACCGUUUGUCUGCCCCCUCGUUCUACAUUAGUUGAAUUUGUGUUCGUCGCAAUGUACAUAAAGUCAGUAAUACUCGAUGGCUUUAAAUCGUAUGGUCGCCGGACAGAAGUGCACGGAUUCGACCCAGAGUUCACAGCAAUUACCGGUCUCAAUGGAACUGGCAAGUCCAAUAUAUUGGACUCUAUAUGUUUUGUGCUUGGCAUCACGAAUUUAGUUCACGUGAGAGCUACAAAUUUGCAAGAAUUAAUUUUUAAAAGCGGACAAGCAGGAAUAACUAAAGCCACCGUAACGCUGUUGUUUGACAACACGGAUCCUAAUCAAUGCCCCUUAGGGUAUGAGAAGUGCAGGGAGAUAUCAGUGACCCGACAAAUAGACGUGGGAAAAAAAGGAAAAUAUCUUAUCAAUGGAAAAAAUGUACAGAAUAAGAAAGUAACGGACCUGUUUUGUUCAGUACAAUUGAACGUAAACAAUCCUAAUUUCCUGAUUAUGCAAGGUCGGAUUACGAAAGUUUUGAAUAUGAAACCGCAAGAGGUUCUUUCUAUGAUCGAAGAGGCAGCUGGAACAAGUCUUUAUGAGUCGAAACGGGAGAUUACCACUAAAGUUAUCGAAAAGAAAGAUGCCAAACUUCGAGAAACGAAUACGCUGCUUACUGAAGAAGUUGAACCAAAGUUGGAGAAAUUGCGGACAGAAAGAGCUGCUUUUGUAGAAUUUCAGAAGAUCUGUCGCGAUAUAGAAUACUUGACACGAAUCCAUAUUUCGUUCAAAUAUUUGAAGCAGAAAGAAUCCUUAGAAGCGACAGAAAAGAACAUAUCGAACCUUACUUCUAUUAUAGAAGGUAAUAAAGAGCAAAUCUGUAAAAAUAAGGAAAUGAUUGUGAAGGCAGUGGAGACAAUAAAGGAAAUCCAACAGCAAAUAGAUGAAGACAGCGGUGGUAAACUAAAGCAAUUGGAAAAAUUGCUGGAGGAGAAGACGAAAGGUGACGCCAGCGCUACGGGAAAUAUUAAAGCUGCUCAAGGAACAAUCGACCAGGAGAAAAGGAAAAUCAAAAAUUUGACACAAUCAAUACGCGAUGAUGAAAAAACGUUAGUGUCAAAGGAAAAUCAAAUGGAGAAGUUCAAAGAUAUGUUCCAAAAAUUAAAAGAUGCGGAUGAAGAAGACGCUAAAGCAUAUGCCGAUGCUCAAAAAAGGUUUGAAGCGAUUACUCAAGGAUUAUCGACGAAUGAGGAGGGCGAGGCAGCUUCGUUGCAAGACCAAUUAAUGACCGCUAAGCAACAUUUAAUUGAGGCGCAAACCUCCAUUAAACAAAAUGACAUGGAAUUAAAACACAGUAAAAAAACGCUGAAUCAAAAGAAAAGUGAAAGUCAGACAAAAGAUGCAGAUUACUUAAAAGAUAAAAACUUACAGGACCAAAUGUCAGCUAACAUAAAGCAACUUCAGGCGGAGUUGUCGCGGUUGCCCUACGAAGAAGGACGCCUCGAGGCACUUCAAGAACGGCAUGCCAUUUUAACACAAGAAAUUCGCCGCCUGAAAUCUCAACUAGACCAGAAAAAUGCUUUUCGUUACGAUUUACACUACAAAGAUCCAGAGCCAAAUUUCAAUCGGAACAAAGUCCAUGGUAUGGUAGGAAAGUUGUUUCGGGUGAGAAGGCCGCAAGAUUCCUUGGCGUUAAUGAUGUGUGCUGGAGGUGAUCUGUACAGUUUCGUGACUGAAGAUGAUGUGACAAGUAAAAAGAUAUUACAAAAGGGUGAACUUGCUCGCCGGGUGACUCUAAUUCCCAUGAACAAAUUAUCGGUAUCUACGAUUAAUCCCAGCACUGUGAAACUUGCACAAAGAUUGGUUGGGGAAGAAAAUGCAGCUAGUGCUUUGUCGUUGAUCGAGUAUAAUCCCUUCUACGAGCCGGUUAUGAAAUACGUGUUUGGUCGGGCAUUCAUUUGCAAAGAUUUAAACAUUGCAAAGCAGGUAACGUAUCAUCCCAACAUUAUGUGUCGAUCAGUUACGCUUGAUGGCGACGUAGUAGAUCCCGAGGGAACACUUUCGGGUGGUGCUGCGCCAGUUGGGGCUAAUAUUUUACUGGAACUAGAAGAAAUAAGGAAUCUCGAUGAGGCAAAAAAAGCAAAGGAGAACGAGUUGCAUCAAAUAGAGAAAGAAAUUGGAUCUAUCCGAAAUGUGGCUGAAAAAUAUAACGCUAUCAAGAGCAAGUUAGAUUUAAAACAAUUUGAACUGAAUGCUUGUUCGCAGCGCUUAGCACUGACAGUUUUCCAGCAGAAUCAGCAGGAAAUUCAAGAUUUAGAAUCAAAGAUUGGCAACUUGCAGGAAACUUUGAGUGCAGCACAGGAAAAAGAAAAUACCGCCAGGCGGAAGAUCAAGGACAUUGAAGCGAAAUUAGCAGAUGCCAAAGGUUUUCGGGAACGAGAAUUGAAAGCUGCUCAAAACGCUAUGAAGGCGGCGAAAAAGAAAAGUGAGGAGAGUAAAUCGAACUGGAAGAAACGAGAACAGGAAUACGAAACCCUACAGUUGGAGAUUGAAGAAAUCAAAAAAAGCAUAACCAAUUCAAAAAGCCAGCUAGAUGAAAUAUCGGGGAACGUGAGUAAUCUAGAGGAAAACCUAGAGCAGUUGAAAGAUAGCGCAAAGAAGAUGGCUGCUGAAAUGGCGGGAAUGAAAAUGGAGAUAAAAAGUCAAAAAGAUAAAAUUAAUGCCCAAAACAAAGAAUUGAAAUCUCAUUCGUUACAAAAGGAUAAAUGGGAAAAGCAAAUUCAAGAGUUAGAAUUAGAAAUUAAAAAGAAAGAAAAUGAAAUAACAAAAGUUCGGAAUGAUAACAAGGACGCAUUUAGCCGCAUUGAAAGUUUGGAGGAAAAAUAUACCUGGAUUAAGGAAGAUAAAGAAUUCUUCGGAAUAAAGAAUACUCGCUAUGACUACUCUAAGCAAGACCCAAUUGAAGCUGGACGUAAAUUGAGUAAAAUGCAAGAGCAAAAAGAGAAAAUGGAACGAAAUAUAAAUACGCGGGCAUUAAUGCUCCUGGAUCGUGAAGAAGAACAGUAUUCAGAGGCGAUGCGUCGUAAGAAAAUUGUGGAGGAAGAUAAGGAAAAACUGAAAUACAUAAUAAAAAAAAUGGAUGAAAAGAAAGUAGAAAAGGUAGAAAAGGCGUGGCGAAGUGUGAAUGAUAAUUUCAGUAGCAUCUUCAGCACACUGUUGCCAGGAGCACAGGCACAACUGCAACCAGUUUACCAAAACAACGCUUUGCAUGGCUUGCAAAUUCGGGUGGGCUUCAACAACGUAUGGAAAGAAUCGCUGGGUGAAUUGAGUGGCGGCCAACGUUCAUUAGUUGCACUAUCACUGGUUCUAGCUAUGCUCAAAUUUUCUCCGGCACCAAUUUAUAUUCUUGACGAAGUCGACGCAGCUUUGGAUAUGUCCCACACCCAAAAUAUUGGCAACAUGUUAAAAGCACAUUUUAAAAACUCACAAUUUAUUAUAGUAUCUUUGAAGGAUGGAAUGUUUAAUAAUGCAAAUGUAUUAUUUCGCACAAAGUUUGAGGAAGGUGUUUCGAGUGUAGUCCGCACUGUAAAUGUCAGGUCAACUAAGUAGGAAAAAAUAAAGAUCCAUCAUAAAUUACUGAUUGUAAAUAUGAAUUUUGUAAGUUCUAUUCACGUUUCAUCCGAAAAAUAAAUAUUAGAGCCUAUCAA